UCGACCAAACCACCCAUGGAAAUUACAAUGGACGUAGAAACUCCACCAUGCGGUGCGCUCUCUGUCCGUGUGCCGGCAGAGACGGGCUGUGCUGAAAAUUGCACGGCGCCCGAGCCCAUGAGCCCCAAUGGAAGAAUCAUGGAAGAGAUGGGCAUCUACAUCGUCAUGAUGAUGGGACUUGACAUACCGGUGAACCUCCCCGUCUUCCGCACCGGCAUCGAAGCAGAGCUGAUUACUCGUUCCUCGCGGUUCUGCAGUAUAAUGGAUGGAUUCAAGGAUGGCAAGCCACGGUGGGUGCAAACAGUGGUGAACGUGGAUGACCACAUCAUCGUCCCAAGGCUGGAUCCUACCAUGGUGACUACCAACCCGGAAAAGGCCGUCGAGGACUAUGUAGCAUCGCUGUCCACACUCCCUAUGGAUAGGCGUCGCCCUCUUUGGGAGUUCCACUUCCUCAAUUUGGAGACCUCUGAGGCUACCUCUACAGUGGUGCUCCGUCUGCACCACUCCAUCGGUGAUGCCAUGUCCAUCAUGACAAUCUUUAUGGCUUCGUCGUGCAGCACGGCUGAUCCUACAAGGCUGCCGGCCAUGCCGCCGCCGCCAAGACGGACUGGCCCGAUCUACCAGGGGCGUCUACGACCUCCGUUGACUUUGUCUGGCGAUUACCUGGCAUGGGUUUGGUCCUAUUUCGUGCUGGCAUGGCACACGUUGGUGGAUGCCACGUUGCUUGCUGCGACCAUACUGUUCUUGAAAGAUCCACGCACGAUAUUCACGCCCCCGCCAGAUGGCACUGAGUCUUGCCGGCACAAGCGGUUUUUGCACCGGAGUCUUAGCCUUGAUGAUGUCAAGCUCAUCAAGACUGUUAUGAACUGCACUAUCAACGACGUGCUAGUUGGUGUCACUUCUGCAGCUCUUUCACGAUAUUACUUUAGGAAGUCCGGGGACAAUGACACUAAGAGAAUCUGCUUGCGAUCAAUACUCCCUGUCAACACAAGGCCAGUUUCUACCCGACAAACAUAUGUUACCAAGGUAGAGACAGGGAAUCGAGUUAGUGGCCUCAGCUAUCCAUUUCAUAUCGCUUUGCACAAUGAUCCCCUUGAAUAUGUUCGCGAGGCAAAACGGUCGAUGCACAGGAAAAAAAGCUCUUUAGAAGUGAAGUUGGUACAAGUGGUUGGUGAUUUUUCUGUGAAAUGCUUUGGUGCAAAGACAGGAGCUUUCAUCUACCGACGGUGUACCACACAUACAAGCAUAACAGUAUCAAAUGUCAUUGGGCCAGCUGAACAUAUAACGCUAUGUGGACACCCAAUUACCUUCAUGGCAAUUAGCACCUACGGGCAACCACAAGCUUUAAUCCUGCACUACCUAAAUUAUGGUAGCACUAUCAAGGUAAUUAUGGCAGUAGAAGACGCGCAAUUUCCAGAUUGUCACAAGCUUUUAGAAGAUUUUUCUGAGUCCAUCAAGCUCAUUAAGGAUGCGGCAUGCCUCCAGAAACUAACAACAUCGACCCAAAAUGAAUGAAUAAUGAACAGUUGGAUUGGUGUACCAUGUUCGUACAACACAUAUAUCAUGUAUGUGAUUUGUAAACCAUAUGCAACUCUAUAUACAAGUAUUUUGUGUACUAUCAAUUGAGUA